CUUUUAAAAAAAAAUGGUUGCCUGUAAAGUCGGUUUUACGGGCGAAGAUUUUACGUGACAACGUCUUUUUCUCGGUAGAAUAUUUAUUGAUAUGAAUAUAAUUAAAUUGCACAAUAGGAACAAGGAAUUGAAUGAAAAUAAGAAUUGCACAAAUUUUAACUAUAGAAAUAUAUUUUGUUUACUAAAACAUUGUACAUGUAAACUUAAACUUAACACGAGAGACUCAUCGUAACGUUACCGAGCGUUACACUUUUUCAUAAGUGACUCCCAGCCGCAACCUAAUUUAAGACGUUGUCACGUCAAAAAAUCGUUGGUCGUGACAACGAAAGAAAGAAAAAGUUUAAAAUAUCUAAAGUGAUAUUUACUAUUUUGUUUAUCAUUGCCUCAAUUUUGUAUAUAUACUAUGGCAAUAUUUAUUAUCAUAAACGAAAGCGUUAUUAGUAGACAAGCUAUGUUACAGCUUAAGAAUUUAUUCAAAAUGACUCAAUAUUUAUAUACAAAUAAAUUGGUUGAAAAUCGUUUUCAUAUAUAAAUAAAAAAAAAAUGAUUUUUUAACCAUAAACUUUAUUUUUUUUGACAAUAGUGUAUCUAUGUAUGUCCUUGUCAUUCUUUAUACAGAAUGAAAAGGAGAGUCUGAAGUUAAAUUUAGUUUAAGUUUAGAGAAUCAUGCCAGAAUCGAUAUCAUUGACUUUCUAAAGAUAGAAUACUUAGCAAGGUUUUUUAAAGAUUUUUCUUCUUUUCAUAUUUCUGCCAAAAAUUGUUCUUGAUGUGCUCUUAACCUACCUUUGAUUGAUAUCUAAAUUGAUAUCAAUCAAAGGUAGGUUCAAAUUUUUAUACGGAUUGCUUUGAUUUGAUAAAAAAAAUCCAUACGGAUUUCAUACGGAAUUUGGCAUUGAAAUUACGGAAACACCGGCUUAAAAAUCUGUGGCAACACUGCUAUCUACUCAUAUAAAAAAUUAAAAGUACGUACUCUGUUAAGUACCUACGUAACUGUAGAAAAUUCGGAGUUUCUCAGUAAGUUCAAAAUGCUUAGUUUAUUGUAAUAAAAUAAACAAUUAAACUGUUGCUUAAUUUUUAAACAUGGACUUCGAUUGGACGAAUUAUUUAGAAGCAAAUAAAACCACGGCUGUGCCCGAAGAAUUAUUUUCGCAUGUUGAAUCCAGCCUUAACAAUGGAAUCAAGCAGGGUAUGCUUCUUGAAGUGUGUCAUAAAAAUAAUCCAGAUAUCUAUUGGAUUGCUGAGAUUACAAUGGUUUGCGGUCAUCUCUUGAGAAUAAAGUUUUUGGGUGCAGAGGAAGAUUUCUGGUGCGACAUUUCGAACACCAAAGUACAUCCAUUAGGCUGGUGUGGAAAAUAUGAUGAGCUCAUUGAACCUCCUGAUGAGAUUAAUGCUCGUUAUGGAGAUACUAUAAUAGAUAUAAUGAAGAAAGCCCUUUUGGAUGGCCAGUCAGUAUCUGUUGAAGCUUUGAACAAUAAGGGUCUGUCUCCAAUAGAUAGGAUCAAAACAGAAAUGAAGGUGGAGGUGCAAAAUGUUUUAGAUCCUUAUAAAUACUGGAUUGCUACUGUUAAGGAAAAUGUUGGUGGCAGACUGAUGCUACAUUAUGAUGGUUCUGAUGAAGAUUUACCACAAUUCUGGAUAUUCUUCUCUAAUCCUCGGUUGUGUAGUUUUGGAUAUGUCACAAACAAGGGUUCCCCUUGGCAGUUCAAAUAUCCAAGCAAAAUCAACAAGUUUUCAUGUAAAAAUAAGCUUAGCACUCAACUGCGACAAUGUGCUGAAGAGUCCAUCAAAGAACCGACACCCCCAGAUUUAUUCCAGCCUAUGCCGAGUUUGGAAGUGCACAAUUUUGUAACUGGCAUGAAGGUGGAAGCAUUGGAUCCACAAGACAUGAAAACUAUCCGACCAGCAACUGUCACUAAAGUUUUCAACAACUUUCACUUUUUAGUUGUUUUAGAUGACCACCUAGAAGAUUACGAGGAUACCAAAAUGGCGAGGCUCUGUGAUUCCAUGCAUCCAUAUAUUUUUCCGAUUGGGUGGGCAGAAAAGAAUUCCAUUACUUUCAAAGCACCCAAGAUAUGGAAAGAAGAAUCUUUCGAUUGGGACGAAUACCUUUCUAUGACUUCGUCAGUUCCAGCACCUGAAUAUUGUUUUGGCACGAAGGAGCCUUUAAAAGGGUUUGAGGUUAAUAUGAAACUGGAAGCUGUGAAUCCACAGAAUCAUGAGGAAAUACAUGUUGCUUCUGUACAUUCUGUUGUAGAGCAUAUGGUGUGUGUGGAACUUAUGCCUAUAGGCGAAAAAUUUUGGUAUGCACAAAACAGCGACCUACUAUUCCCAGUCGGCUGGUGUGAUAGUAACAAUUAUGCAUUGCAUAUUCCAGACAUGUCGACUGUGAACAAAGAACCACUGAAACCUGUCGAAGAAAAUAGGAACAUAAACGAGGACAUUAAGUCACAAGAUGAGUGGUGUGACAGGAUAUUUUUCAAUUACAAAUGCUACUCUGGUCCUUCGAUCAGCAGAAAUAAACUAUCACAGCUUCCAAAGCAUGUUGGUCCUGGACCACUAUCUUUAGUUUUGAAGGAAGUGCUUAAUAAAAUAAUAUCUGCAUCAUAUAAACCAGCAAAGUUACUAAAGGACUGGGAGACUGAAGGACCGCCUGAGGAGGGGAUGAGGCUGGAAAUGUUACGAGCAAAAUUGAAGACGAGCACGUAUCACGCGUACGUGCCGGUAGCGACGAGCGCAUCGCAGGUGGCGCUUUUCUGUCGAAGCGUGUGCGGCCAACUGCAGGCGUGCCCCAGUCUGUUCGGGCCCGCGGAGAUCUCCGACCGCUGCCCAAAUAACUGCCAGCACGUCGACAAGUCCACCUUCCACAAUUUAACAGAACGUCGAGGGAGGCCGAAAGGUGCAAAUGGAAAGAGAAAGAAGAAAAAGACUACUCAAGAAAAACGUGAAAAGGAACCCCAACCUUCGCAGGAAACUGAGAGUAAUAAAGAUGAAUCUGCCAGUGAACAUAGUGUUGGCUCAACACCACCCUCGGAGUCGGGCACUAGACCGAACUCACCGGAUGACAGUGCCGCAGAAUAUAAAAGAAGCCAACGGAGAAAAAGAGAACCGAAAAAUGUCUAUCCAAAGAUGGAGAUGAAGACUAGAGGAGCGAAAUUACCAAACUUUGCACUCCAAAUGAAGGAAGCUCAUUGGGAUAAAAAAGACGUACAAACGAUUUAUAGCAAUAGCUGUGCUGCUAGGAAACGAGUUUCACCUGAAAUCGACUCGGAAAAUGAAACAAACGAAAGUAGCUCUAAUUCUAGAGAUGCUAAGAAUAUAUCAGAUGUGUCAGAUUCUGAGGAGCCCGAGUUGAAGAAACUCAAAUUCACACAAAACGAUCCUUUACCAUCAGAUAAUAAAAAGUUUGAAAAAGAUACUGCCAUGACAUGGACAAAGGGCAAGCUCAAACUGUCUCCGAAUCCCUUGGAAUGGUCUGUAGAUGAUGUUUACACUUACUUAAAGAGCACAGAUGAUUGUAGUCUCGUAGCAGAGAAGAUGAAACAAGAAGAAAUAGAUGGCGAGGCUUUUAUCAUGCUUGAUUUACAGACAUUAAAAGACUUUCUGCAUAUGAAAAAUGAAUUUGCUGUUCAACUUUGCAAGCACGUAACUAGAAUCAAAUGGUAUUAUAUAAUUAAUUUUGAAGAUAAUGUUCUAACGUGAUAAUUUGUUCCUGUAUUUAUAUAAAUUCGUCUAGUCCAUAAUAAAACAACAAAUUACAUAAAUGAAUUUCAUUUUAAAAAUCAUUCUGAGAAUACUUUCAUGUUCUGCGAAGUUUCUUGCAAAUAUAAUUGCAAAUUUUAGAUAUAAACGACUUAUUUUCAUCUUUCUCUCGAACAUGUGUAAAAUCUUCGUCAAGACAAAUAUUUUUCUUAGCAAAUGAUGCUUUGACAGGUAUCUCUCGAUCAAUGGACAAAGACUCAACCUGAUUAUAUUCAUAUUCAAUUUGUUGUUUCUUUGCUGCAAGCAUUUUUAGAUUAUCUGCUGAUGCGAUAGGACGAUGCUCCUUCUCAUUGUUAGAGUAUUUGUUUGUCUCUGAUAAUAAAUUACGAUCAUUCAUUGUAAUAUGUAAAUAUGGCGCCCCACCUUGCACAUAGAUGUUUAAUAUUUCUUCUUUCUUGGUGCUAGUAUUUAAUAAAGCAUCCUCUGAUGGACAAUCGUAUUGAUAAUUAUCUCUUUUGUAAGCUUCCACGACUGAAUGCAAGCUUUCCAAAAGAUUCAAAGUCUGUCUAUUCGUGGUACUGCUUGUCGUCGAAUGCAUGCCAGUAACAUCUUUGUCUUUGAUUUCCGUUGUAAGAUUUUCCACACUGUUCCGGUUCUCUUGUCUUAUAUUGGAAUCUGAAGACAUAAUGUGAUUAAAAACGUCCUCUAUAAAUGACUCCAUUUCAUUUACGGCGUCUACUUUAUUUUUUGAUAAAAUUUCUUCUAAUCUACUUUUGUAAGUUUCGAUAUCUCUCAUACUAGUGUAGAAGUUAUCAAAAAUCUUCAGAAAUGUCGCCUUGAAACAUUUUAAUUGUAUAUUAGACUGUAAGCUGCUAAUUGAUGAAUCGUCUGUUUGGAGUUCUUUGGACAUAGUGUUAUAGAUUUUCUUCUCUAACUUUUCUAAUUCAGAAUUAGUUAAGAUCUUACUACUGUCCCCGGCUUCGAUCUCGUGAAACUCAGGGUUAACUAAUUUGGAAUUUUCUUUAAUUGGGACAACAUCAUGUUCAUAUUUUUUAUAAUAGCUAUCGACGGGGCGACAGUUCCUAUAGCUUGAGCAACAUUUAGAAUCAUCAUACUGGCCACGUUUACCGGACUUUAUGCCUAUGUUGGCAGAUAUAUUAACAUCAGAUUUCCAAAUCGCUUCCGACUGUAGAGAAUCCUUAAGUGAAUCCUUGCCGUAAAAACUAUGGCACUGCUCCAAAUUACCUAAAUUAAAAUAGAUCAUGAGGCAAAGAGCAAGCAAAUAAAAUAUAUCUCAAUUUUAU